AGAGAGAGAGAGAGAGAGAGAGGAGGGAGGUGUAGAGAGAGUCACACACCAUCAGACACCUGUCAGAGCAGGUGGAGACUGAGUAUCGGAACCUGGAGGUUUCACUGAAGGGCUCGUCUUUCAUUCCGGGGACUUUUUUUUCUACAAAGACGUUGUACUUUGAUGUUUCUUGUGAUAUUUGUGUUUUGGAUGUAACUGGACCUCCCUGAGGCCGAUGGCUCCAGGAUCCUCAAACCAUUAGGGCAUUUCAUUGGGAGUGAAAACUGUUCCAGGAAGGAAAAUUUCCAUCUGAGACUGUACCACAGCCUGAAGGAGUUUCUGAGACACCCGACUUCAGACAAGCUGCGUGAUCAUGGCGGAUUUCCCGUCCAAAGUCGCAACUGAGACCAGUUCCCCCAACUCCCAGAACACUCAGCAGGGGGGCAACAGCCUCCGAGGUCUGGCUGCUAACGUCACCACCAAGAUGGACGUGGUCUUUAUCCGAAGCAUCCCAGCCAUCCUCAUGAUCACUGAAAUAGUUAUGGGGCUGCUCCAGUGGGCGUUGAUAGCCAGCACCAACUACACGCAUGUGCCAGCGUACGGUUGGGUGAUGUUUGUGGCCGUCACUCUGUGGAUCCUCACCACCAUCCUCUUCUUCAUGCUGCUGUUUGGUGCCCAGCGGAAACUCAGCGCCGUCCCCUGGCCCCUCACGGUGAUGGCGUAUAACGGCAUCGCCACCGUCAUCUAUCUCUCCGCCUUCCUGGCCAACGCAGCAACUGUCAACAAAUUUUACUAUUUCUAUGGACAUAUUGCAGCCGCCGCUUUCUUCGGUGCUGUGGUGACCCUGGCGUACGCCGCAAGUGCUUUCUUCUCCUACUUGGACUGGAAGGAUGACGGAGGAAACGCUGCCAGCAGCACGGUGCCGACCUAGGACUCGAACCUGCGACGCCGCUCCUGGGAAACAAAAGACUCCAUUAUGUUUUCUUUCCCCUCAGAUACUCUGGAUGUUUGGAAAGUCCUGUGUUGAUACUGGACCUUCAACCCACUGUCACUCGACUGCCACUGUAGACAGAGCUUUACCUCAGCCUAUUCAUUAUUAACUCAAAGAUAAAACCAAAACCAGACAGGAGAUAGCCAUACAUUCAUUUUCAGAUUUCUGCCUCCACAUUAUGAGAACAGGUUGAAUAUCAACACUGGAUUUCCAACAUAAACUGGGGAUAAUGAUGAUGUAGGGUCAGGGUCAGUAAUUCAAAGACAACAAAAUACUUAUAUUUGAAAACAGUGGAUUUGGCAAAACAUUUUGUUGAAAGAAAAUGGGGACAAAUGCUGUGAUUAUAAACUUUGUAUACAACUUUUAUUUUUGCAUUCCAUGUGUAAAAGGGGAAACAUGACGUGUCGUUGAAGAGCUGGUGACAGUGAUUUUUUAAACCUAACCCUAACCCUAACCCUGUACAUGAGUCAAAGUAAGUACUUGCUUUUAAAGUACUUGUUAGGUGAAGCGUAUUCCCUAAUGCAACACUCGUCAACAUCAUUAUGCAAAGCUUGGUUAGUUCUCACUGCAGGAGGCGGGGUUUAAUCUUAUCUGCACAAUGAUUGGAUCAGUUGACGAAUCCCCCAGUAAUUAUUGAUUAUUUUAAAAAACAAUAUUUUCAGUUGGUGGGGUAAAAGUUAACAGUAGCUGAAAAUAAUGACUCAGUCAAAUACAGAUACAUGAAGAAUGUAAUUGUACACUGACAAAGUAAAUGUACUUUGUUACAUCUCAACACUGGCCAGAGACAUAAAAGUCUGAUUUGCAACAUGAAAUACAAAUAGUUUGAGAGGAAGGGAAAUGAUCCAAUGACCCUGGUCAAAAGGACUUCAGCUACAAACUAUAAGUUUAUACUUUACCCCGUGUGCACUCCAAAGAAGAGUUCCUAUCCAUCAAGAAGAAACAUGAAGCAACGUCAACAGUGAAAGCAUAUUUUCUACUUUUUUGUUUACAGAGGAUGUUGUUGUUCUCCUAAAGUGAAAGGACAGUGGAGGCUGAUUAAUGAAGAGGUUAAUUAUUGAAAUAUAUUUGCCAGAAGACAAUAAAAACCAGUCAGUGAUUCAAAUAUGAUUCCACUGGUGAUUCGCUAAGUUGUGGAAAUAGAGUGAAACAUAUUUUUCUGAUUUAUAUCACACACUGCUGACCCUUUUUGUAUGGAGGAUGCGAGUGAAACUGUGUGGACUCGACCUUGCACCUGCUCUAAUAAAGCUCUUAGUGAUUUCA